AUGCCCGACCACAAAGUUUGGGGCGCUCAACAGGGCGGAAAAUGGGCUUGAGGUGUUCUCUACUUCCUGUGCUUUCAAACAUACCAUGCAGAACAACCGAGACACUGGCUAGCUGUUUUCUACGACUAUUUUAUACGAACGCUCCUUGCAGAUUGGGUCCUGGUCAUAUCAAUCGGAUGUGGUUCAAUUAGUGGUAGAAGAAGAAGAAGUCUUCCUCGGCGACUUUUAUGAUAGUCAGGAGUGGUUGUUGGUAAGUGCAGAGGAAUGCAGAGAGGGGUUAUUGUUAUCAACAAGGAAGGACAAUUAUGUCCACCUGCAAAUAUGGGGAGCAAGAGAAUAAACUCUUCAUGAAGCUUAAAGAGUUCAAGGAUCACAUUUUUUAUUUUUAGGAGACUGCCAGAAUUAGCAAUGGCACGAUGCCUUAUCUGCACAAUGAAUCCUUCUCGGUGGUCACGAUGGUUUUAAUAUUACGAAGACAAUCCUUUUAUUAUGUCUUCAAUCUUGUGUUUCCCACAACCCUUGUUAGUUUAGUCGCGGUUAUCGGAUUCCAUGCUCCGAUUAAUGCCACUGGAAGAAGGGAAUCCAAGUUCAGAUUGGGGGUGAUGACUCUACUCAGCUUGUCCGUUAUGUUGUUAAUGCUAGUGGAUGAGAUGAAGUUCUCAUUGGAAUCGAUGCCUGGUCAACGUGGCUCCUUUUCGGAUGUCCCGUUAAUAGGUAAAAUUUAUUUCUUCAGAUUUUAUUUUUAUCAUUAAGACUUUAAUCAUAAUUCUUCAGGAAUUUAUUACAUGAGUCUAAUCUUGAUCAUCAGUGUGGCCACAUGCACCUCCUCAAUCUUCGUUCAUUUGGAGAAAUAUGCCCUCAGGAAUCCUUCUUUCUCAGCGGUCCCAAUGUGGCUUCGGUGGUUGACAGCCAAACAAUUUUUUUGUUGUUAUCCACCGAAAAGACUGCGGUUAACAAAAGGAGAUAAUGUGAGCAGAAAUAAAGAUAUCAAGAUGCAGAGCAAUCACUCGAGUAUGGACAGUCAAGCAUUCAAAACAUUGAUCCCAACAGAAGUAAGUGCAGUACUUCCAAGGGUUUUUAUUUCCAGUUAAAUUUUACGGAGUAUCAGCAACAAGCAGCACAGCAAAUCUCGACGGACAUCGUGCUAGAGAAUCCCCCCGCACCCCCGCCAUUGGAGACCCAGAAAUUGGAUUUGCUCAUUUCUUUGUUAAGAGAGUUAUUGGAGCAUCGAAGAGAUAUGAAACAUCGGCAUGAACUUCCGAUCUACUGGGAACGGGUCGUCAAAAGACUGGAGAAUUGCUCUCUCAGCUUCUACUUGACCUUGAUCGCCCUCAACAUCAUAAUGCUCUUCUGGCCCGAACUCUGGUAUUAG